AUGCCAGUCCCGUUCCAUGACCCAUUACCUUUGAAGGAUUCCCGCCCUCCAUUCCACCCUCCUGUCCGCUCAAAGACUCUGCCGAUCUUUGGACCAUCGACAAACAGUGAAGGUGGCGUUGAAGAUCUAAGAGGGUUUAACGGAACACUCCCUACAUCACCGUCUCCAUCUACACCACAACCACAACCACACCAACAUACCUCAUCAUUACAUCCACCCGCAUCUACAGUAUCCUUUCAAACACUUUCGAACUCAGUUACUCCAAAUAUUCUGCCCAACAACGACAAUGGUUCACGAGCCGGUGAACCCCUUGUUGACGAUGAUACCCCCCGACCACAAUUCCGCCACUGGAGGCCUCAUUCUACAUCUUCGUUCCCUCCGCCACCACCCCAACGGGGUGGCUACACAAACGACUCAAAUAACGAUGAGCCAAAAGCAAUACUUCCACCAUAUAUAAGUCCCGCGGACAGUCCAGACCGUCCAUCUACCCCUCUCCCUGGUGCCAGUGGCCUGAGGGCUGUUCUGAGAGCUAACUCAACCGUUGAUAACACAAUUAAUUGGGAUGAGAAACUCAGAACUUCGAGCCCUGAAAACUAUUUGAAAGCCACAUCUCCUAUCAAGGAGGGCCAGGUCUCUAUAGAUUCCGAACUACAUAUCAGUUGUGAAGAUGACGUCGCAAAAGGGCCCAUCGAACGAUCCUCCUCUAUUUCUGCCGUCAUGGCCACUGAAAGCAAUUCUCGUAGUAGGAAAGCAACACAAAGACUUGGAUUGUUCAGAGAAAACGAGCAGGCCAUUGAAGAACGAGGGAGAGAAAAACAGCGUCGAGAGGAAAAGGAGCGAGAGAAGGAAAAGGAACGACAGGAGAAACAGCGAGCCAAGGAGGUCGAAAGAGAGGAAAGAAAGAAAGCGGCGGCAGUAGCCGAGGGAAAUGAGCAAAAUCCUUGUGUUGCUUUGGUUUCAGAAACUGAAGAAAAUGAAAGCAAAUUACCGCAAGAUUCUCUCUCUAAUUCUCUCUCAGUUACACAUACGAAAGACGAUAGAUAUUUUCCAUCAUCUUGUGAUGAGCUCUCCGUUCUUAAAGCUGUCCCUGGUGAUACGCCUUCUUCGGCAUCUCAUUUUGUGUCUCGCGCCCCAGAAGAUGUUACCUCAGUGGCUUCCAUCUAUAUCAAUAGAUCGGAACUUGAACCACCGCCCCAAUCAAACCAAAGGAUCAUUCCCAAUAUUCAUAACCCAACAAAUCUCGCCGUUAGCGCUUCCGAAUUCCCAACCUCAAACUUGGUUGAAGGUCAAUUAGGCUGUCACGAGCUGUCGGUUGAUGUUUCCAGAAAACAAACAGCAAAUGAUCGGGUUGACCAGGUGGAGGAUGAAGAUGAGGAUGAAGAGUCCGAUAAAGAUGAGAUAUCCUCAGCACUUUACUUUCCACAUCCGACGCCAUCAGUUCUUCCAGACCCUACCACAGCCCAAAAUAAAUCAGCCUCGGCAAUAGGCCUGCAUAGUCAACCGAUGCGGAAAGAUCCGUCUACUACCGAUGUUACACGAGAUGACAUCCUUCCACCUCCUGGUAAAACAGGGCCAGAAUUUGAUUUGUCUAUUCAGUCUGGAGAUGACGAGUUUCACUAUCACGCAGAGCGACGAAAUCGUGUAAAUCCUGACGAUGAUUACAGUAGUUAUCACUCUAAUAAUGAGGGUUAUUCAUCCGCAGCAUCCGGGUUUUCGGAGCUUUCAGAUAGUAAUGAUGAUUCGUCGGGAAACGAAAAUGGUCAAGAUGGAUCCGAAAUAGACACAACUCCAACUGCUACUCCCAUCGCCCGGAACCCGAAGCCGGAUCGUUCCCACGGUCAGUCUGCGAAUAAAUCACAUUCCAACGCGUUAGCCCAGACAACCCCCCAGGUACCGCUCGGUGCUGUGGAACUCAAACCUUACAAUCAUCAGGUCGGAGGUCAUACUGCAUUAUUCAGGUUUUCUCGGAGGGCUGUUUGUAAGAGCCUGAGCAACAAAGAAAACGAGUUUUAUGAGGCUGUGGAGAAGAGACAUCCAGAGUUAUUGGGAUUUUUGCCAAAGUAUAUUGGGGUAUUGAAUGUCACCUUCCGGAAAGCACCUAAGAAGAAAAAGAAGAAGGAGAUUGAGAAUAUCUCUGGAGAAGCGUCCACUGGGGCCGAGGCAGCCACCGUCCCCCCCGUUUCUAGUGACACUACUAAGACAAAAACUGCACCGGCGGAUUCCGAGUUUUCUAAAGAACCCAACUUCGUGUCAGCAUCAGAAAGCGGGCAAGGAAAUCCCUUGUUUCCUUUACCACAAGUAGUUUUUGAGAAUAACAGGCAUAUCAUUCCUGAGAACUUGUUCAGACUUUCUACCAGUGCUUCCUCCCACUCUUCCAAAUCAUCUGUAAAUAGCGAGAAAGAUUCUGGUAUUGGGAAUGGAGUAGUGCAUGGUAGCCUCGGCUCUGAGAAUGGUAGGACGGAGAUCAAUGGGACACAUACAGGAGAAGAUACUAGUCCAAAAAUCACUCCUAAAAGCCCUAGUUGGGGAGCCACCUCUGUAAAUCGCAAAUUACAGGAGCAAGUGUUAAGAGAGGUGUUUGGACCCCCGCCAGUACAUCACCAUCGUCCACAUUCCCGGUCACGUUCCCGAUCCCAUCACACUAAUCAUCACCAUCGACAUCAGCAUGAUGAAAAAUGUGCUGCAGGCGAAUCUUCGAGCUGUAGCAGAGGCUUCAGAAGAAGCAGCACCGACCUUUCUCACUCUUACGGCAAUACACCUGAAGAUCGACGCAUCAAAUUUCUUCGCGAUGAUGGUGACAGAAAGUACUCUUCUAGCGCCAAUGCUAAAGAAGUUUCGACAAGUGGGGCUACCGAGAAUAGUGGCUUAUUGGAGCGACCAGCAACUGCCUCCCCCGAUAUUUCUGCUUUUAGCGUUGAUCGCGGACUGAAAACUAAGCUGGCUAGAAGGCAGUCAAGCGGAAGUAUGCGCAGACGGACAAAGAAAAGGCCAUCUUUGAGUCCUCAUAACUUUGGCGCGGAGGAUGAUGGUUACGGAGGCGAUCGGGAAGAUGAGGUUUUCAAAAUGGAUGAGGACGAUAUCAUUCCAGGGAAAAAAUCAUGGGCAGAGAAAUGCAUGUCACGAAGGUCUUCUCCAACUACUGAGGUCCAAGCUGCUUCAGCCCAAGAACUGCCAACAACCUCCCUUCCUCCCCCUGCAAUCUCCCUAAGUCACACGCCAGAUAGCCCGUCACCGCCAUCGCUAACGUCGCCACCACCGCCACCACCUACGGAGCAUCCGACAGAGCGACCGGCGGAUCAGCCGGCAGAUCAGCCGACAGAACGCGUUGAGCACUUUCUUCUCCUCGAAGAUCUCACGGCAGGUAUGAAACGGCCGUGUGUUCUUGAUCUUAAGAUGGGAACUCGUCAAUAUGGGAUCGAAGCCAAUGAAAAGAAGCGCCAAUCUCAGGCCAAUAAAUGUGCACUCACUACCUCCCGAGACCUUGGAGUGAGGCUUUGCGGGAUGCAAGUCUGGAAUGCCAAAAGUAGUACUUACACCUUCGAAGAUAAGUACUUUGGGCGAGAUCUCAAGGCUGGACGUGAAUUUCAAAGUGCGCUUACCCGAUUUUUGCAUGACGGGAAGGCUGAGCAAUCUGUCCUGAGACAUAUCCCAACAAUUUUGGAAAAGCUCCACGCUUUGGAGGUUAUGAUCAAACGCUUGCCUGGGUAUAGAUUUUAUGCAAGUAGCUUACUCAUGCUGUAUGAUGGGAUGGAUCAUGAUCGACAGAUCGACCUGAAAAUUGUGGAUUUUGCAAACUGUGUGACAGCGGAAGAUCCUUUAUCACCUUUUGCGACUUGCCCACCAAAGGAUCGUACCGGUAUCGACAGAGGCUAUCUCAGAGGGUUGAGGACUUUGCAGAGAUAUAUCCAAAGUAUUUGGAGGGAUGCAAGAGGUGAAGAAUGGGUUGAAAGAGGAGAGGAGGGGCAUGGCGGAGGACACCAGCGAGACGAAAUAAGCUCAGGUUGGGAUAUGAUGGAAGAUCUAGGGGAGGUAUCUACAUGA